AUGACCUGGUGACACUUGUCAGGGGAGAUCUUUCUAAGUUGGCUCGUCUUAUCCUUGGAGCUCUUAUCGUCAUUGAGGUCCAUGCUUGUGAUGUGGUGACCAAGAUGGUCAAUGAAGGAGUCAAUUCUGCUAAUGAUUUCGAGUGGAUCAGUCAGUUAAGAUAUUACUGGGAGGAGGAUACCAUGGUGAUUCGUGCUGUUAAUGCUCAGUUUGACUAUGGUUAUGAAUACCUUGGUAAUACUGGUCGCCUGGUCAUCACCCCCCUGACUGAUCGCUGCUACUUAACACUCACUGGUGCUCUUCACCUCAAGUUCGGGGGGGCUCCGGCAGGUCCUGCUGGUACUGGCAAGACAGAAACAACAAAGGAUCUCGGUAAAGCCAUGGCUGUACAGUGUGUCGUGUUUAACUGUUCUGAUCAGCUCGACUUUAUGGCUAUGGGAAAAUUCUUCAAAGGCCUGGCAAGUGCUGGUGCUUGGGCGUGCUUCGACGAGUUUAAUCGUAUAGACGUUGAGGUAUUAUCUGUGGUGGCACAGCAGAUCUCCACCAUUCAACAAGCACUGGAAGCCAGGGUUGAUCGAUUCAUGUUUGAAGGUGUUGAGCUGGCUAUCAAACCAAGUUGUGCAGUAUUUAUCACUAUGAAUCCAGGCUAUGCCGGCAGAACAGAACUACCCGAUAACUUGAAGGCCUUGUUUCGUCCUGUAGCUAUGAUGGUACCAGACUAUGCACUCAUCGCAGAGAUCAGCUUAUUCUCUUUUGGAUUCUCAGAAGCUAAAGGACUAGCCAAGAAAAUCACUACCACAUUUAAGUUAUCAUCUGAACAGCUUAGCUCACAAGAUCAUUACGACUUUGGUAUGCGUGCUGUAAAGACGGUAAUCUCAGCUGCUGGUAAUUUGAAGAGAGAACAACCAGAUAUGAGUGAAGAACUGAUUGUCUUACGUGCCAUUCGUGACGUUAACGUUCCAAAGUUCCUACAAGACGAUCUAAAGCUAUUCCGAGGCAUCGUUUCCGAUCUCUUUCCACAUGUCGAAGAACAGCCCGUUGACUAUGGUGUUCUGGAGGACUGUAUUCGAAAGAGCUGCUUGAAGAGUGGAUUGGAGGAUGUCGAAGGUUUCGUGACCAAGACUAUUCAGCUAUACGAGACAACUGUAGUACGACAUGGACUUAUGUUGGUUGGCCCUACAGGGUCGGGCAAAACACAGUGCUACAAGAUUCUUAAGAAAGCCAUGACGACCCUCAAGGGUCAGAUGUCACCAGCAGGAUCGCCUUUUGAAGAAGUCCACACGUUCGUUUUGAACCCUAAAUCCAUCACUAUGGGACAGUUAUACGGCGAGUUUGACUUGCUUACCCAUGAAUGGACUGAUGGUAUAUUGUCUUCCAUGAUUCGUCUCGGGUCUUCGAGUACCACCCCAGAUUUAAAGUGGUACAUCUUUGAUGGCCCUGUAGAUGCGGUUUGGAUCGAGAACAUGAACACCGUGCUAGACGACAACAAAAAACUAUGUUUAACAAGUGGAGAAAUUAUCAAACUGUCUGAGGUAAUGACCAUGAUGUUUGAAGUCCAGGACCUGGCUGUGGCUUCUCCUGCUACUGUCAGUAGAUGUGGUAUGGUAUAUCUGGAGCCCAGUAUUCUAGGAUUGAAGCCGUUUGUUAACUGUUAUCUAAAGACCAUACCUGAUGCAGUCUUUGACUAUAAGGAUAAACUGCAGGGGCUAUUUGAUGCGUUCCUUGAGGAUUCUCUUAAGUUCAUGCGGACCAGUAUGAAAGAAUUCGCCCCAACAGUUGACAGCAACUUGACGUGCAGCUUGAUGAGACUGCUUGAUUGUUUCUUUGAGCCUUUUGUUCCUAAAGAGGGCAAAACCAUUUCAGCAGAAAAGACUGCUUUGAUUGAACGCCUUCUUGAGCCGUGGUUCAUUUUCUCGUUGGUCUGGUCCAUUGGCGGUACGUCUGACGGUGAUGGGCGUAAAAAGUUCAAUGACUUCCUGAGAAAAAAGAUGAAAGAAGAAAAGAUCGCGAUGCCGUUCCCUCAACAAGGACUUGUGUAUGACUAUCGACUAGAAGAUGGUGGUGCAAGUAGCACAGAAGACGAUGAAGAAGAAGAGCAAAAAUCAGCUGAGAUCAAGUGGGUGAACUGGAUGGAUGGGUUACAAGAGUACACCAUCCCUCAAGAGAUGAAGUACUCAGACAUCAUUGUACCAACCAUGGAUUUAGUACGUGGAUCUUUCAUCAUAGAGAAACUACUCGUUAAUCACAAACAAGUGCUGUGUGUAGGACCUACAGGCUCAGGAAAGACCCUUUGUAUAGCUGACAAACUGCUGAACAAAAUGCCUGGUGCAUAUAUGUCACACUUCUUGAACUUCUCGGCCCGUACAUCAGCCAAUCAGACGCAAGAUAUUAUUGAUGGUAAACUAGACAAGAGGCGUAAGGGUGUAUUUGGGCCACCACUGGGAAAGUACUAUGUAUUCUUUGUAGACGACCUUAACAUGCCUGCCUUGGAAGUCUAUGGAGCACAGCCUCCUAUUGAGAUCCUCAGGCAAUUUUGUGACCACAGAGGCUGGUACGAUAGAAAAGCUAUUGGCUUGUUCCGUGAGCUGGUAGACAUUACAUUUGCAUGUGCAAUGGGUCCCCCAGGGGGUGGACGUAACCCAGUCACACCCAGGUUCUUGAGACAUUUCAAUCAUCUGUCCUUCACUGAGCUAGAGGAUGCUAGCAAACAGAGGGUCUUCUCCACCAUCCUGAGGUCAUGGCUAGUCGAUUACAAAGGAGAAGGAAAAGAACUACUAGGCAACGCCCUUGUGGAUGGUACAAUAUCGGUCUACAAUACUGUCAUCACACAGCUUCUUCCUACUCCAGCCAAGAGCCACUAUACCUUCAAUCUACGUGACUUGUCCAAAGUCUUCCAAGGUAUCUUAAUGGUACCAGCGGACAAACUGACAGAAAAAGCCGACCUCCUACGCCUUUGGUACCACGAGAACUGCCGUGUCUUCCAGGACAGGCUGGUUAAUGCAGAAGACACCAAGUGGUUUGAUGACCUGAUGAAGGAGAGGUUAUUGACAGGGUUUCAGACGAGUACGGAUGAGGUUAUUAAAGAAUCGCCGAUGAUUUAUGGGGACUUUAUGCUGCCUAACGCUGAAGUCAGUGUGUACAACGAGAUUACUGAUUAUAACAAGAUGAUUAAGAUUCUAGAAGAAUACCUCGAAGACUACAACCAAAUCAACACAGCUCAAAUGAAGCUGGUAUUAUUCAGCGAUGCUGCCCGUCAUUUGGCUCGUAUCAGUCGUAUCAUCAGACAGCCGCUGGGUAACGCCCUUUUACUUGGCAUGGGUGGAAGUGGUAGACAGAGCUUGACCAGGCUGGCUGCUCACAUAGCCGAGUACGAGUGUUUCCAGAUAGAGUUAGCCAAGAACUACGGUAUCUCCGAAUGGAAAGAAGACAUCAAGAAGAUCUUAAUGAAGGCUGGUGUCGAGAACAAAUCUGUAGUAUUCCUCUUCAGCGAUACGCAGAUCAAAAGCGAGACAUUCCUCGAGGAUUUGAACAACAUCCUUAACGCGGGAGACGUGCCUAACCUGUUUGCUAUGGACGAGCUGGAUAUUAUUUACAGUGCUCUCAAGCCUGUAGUACAAGAUGAGGGACUACAGCCUACUAAGGCUAACUUGUAUUCGGCUUUUACUAAAAGGGUCAAAGCAAAUACACAUUCAGUUGUAUGUAUGAGCCCCAUCGGUGAAGUGUUCCGUGCUCGUCUUCGACAGUUCCCAUCGUUAGUAACGUGUUGUACUAUUGACUGGUUCUCGGCUUGGCCAUCUGAGGCUUUACGAUCUGUAGCUUCGUACUUUCUUAAUGAGAUCCCUGAACUGGAAGAUUCUGGAUCCACUGAAGGCCUGGUAUCCAUCUGUGGCGAGAUCCAUCAGUCUGUGGCAAAGAAGUCAGAACUUUACCUGGCUGAGUUAUCCAGACAUAACUAUGUAACACCAACAAGUUAUCUUGAUCUGCUCGGAACGUUCCGUAAACUGAUCGGUGUAAAGAAAUCCGAGUUACAAAACGCCCGUAACAGAACCAAGACUGGUCUCGAUAAGCUUCUGACUACAGCUGAUGAGGUGGUUAAGCUCCAAGAAGAACUAGAAUCGAUGCAGCCUUUACUUACUCAAGCCAAACAAGAGACUGUAGAGACAAUGGAGCAGAUCAAAGUAGACACGGUGGUUGCUAAUGAAACCAAAGUAGUUGUCCAACGAGAGGAGGCAGAAGCUGCUAAGAAAGCCGUUGAGACCCAGACUAUCGCAGAUGAUGCGCAGAGAGACUUGGACGAGGCUCUGCCAGCUUUGGAAGCGGCUUUAGCAAGCUUGAAGUCACUGAACAAGAACGAUGUAGUCGAGAUUCGAGCAUUGCAGCGUCCUCCUCUCGGAGUCAAGAUCGUCAUCGAGUCUGUGUGUAUCAUGAAGGGUGUUAAACCAAAGAAAGUGGCAGGAGAAAAGGUUGGAACUAAGGUCGAUGAUUACUGGGAACCUGGUAAAGCAAUGCUGCAAGAUCCUACAAAAUUUCUAGAAAGUUUACUUAAGUAUGAUAAUGAUAAUAUCCCUGAUGCUGUCAUCCAGAAGAUACAACCUUAUAUCGACAUGGAAGAUUUCACGCCUGCCGCUAUUUCGAAGGUCUCCAAAGCGUGCACAUCAAUGUGUUUGUGGGUUCGUGCCAUGCACAAGUAUCACUUCGUUUCAAAGGCUGUCGCCCCCAAAAGGGAAGCACUUCAAAAAGCAACAGAAGAUUUACACGAGACGCAAAAAAUACUAGAUGCAGCCAAGGCUCGUCUGACAGACGUUGAAGAAGGAAUAGCAUCACUACAAGCAAAAUACGAGGAAUGCAUCGCAAAGAAACAAGACCUUGAGUUUAAGACUGAACAGUGUUCUGCUAGGCUGACCAGAGCCGAAAAGCUGAUCGGUGGUCUAUCUGACGAGAAAGGGCGUUGGCAAGAAGCAGUCCAAGUAUUUGACGAACAGAUCAUUUAUAUCAUUGGUGAUGUCAUGAUAUCGUCAGGUGUCAUUGCUUAUCUUGGAGCUUUUACGGGUGAAUACCGUAACUCCAUGGUAGAAGAAUGGGUAGAAGCAUUGACUCGUCUAGAGGUUCCUCACUCCACUCCUUGUUCUCUUGUCUCCACGCUUGGGAACCCUGUGGACAUACGUAACUGGCAAAUCGUGGGUCUUCCACGUGACAACUUGUCGACUGAAAAUGGUGUGAUAGUGCAGAACUCACAGCGAUGGCCGCUGUUUAUUGAUCCUCAGGGACAGGCUAAUAAAUGGGUCAAAAAUCUGGAAAAAGAGGCAGGUCUCGAUGUUAUCAAGUUAACAGACCGAGACUUCUUACGUAGUCUGGAGAACGCUGUAAGAUUUGGUAAGCCCUGUCUAUUAGAGAAUGUCGCUCAGGAGUUGGACCCUGCAUUGGAACCCAUAUUACUGAAACAGACUUUCAAACAAUCUGGUAGUACAGUCAUCAAGCUUGGUGAUGCUAUCAUACCCUACCACGAUGACUUUAAGUUCUACAUCACCACCAAGCUACCCAACCCUCACUACACUCCUGAAGUAUCUACCAAGGUUACUAUUGUCAACUUUACUUUAUCACAGAGUGGUCUUGAGGAUCAGAUGUUAGCACUAGUAGUAGCAGAAGAAAGACCUGAUUUAGAGGAGGCUAAGAACCAGCUGAUUGUCAGUAAUGCAAAGAUGAGACAAGAGUUGAAAGAGAUCGAGGAUAAGAUUCUCCACAAGCUAUCUGCCUCUGAAGGCAAUCCUGUAGAUGAUAUAGAUCUUAUUGCUACGUUAGAGGCGUCCAAGGCUAAGUCUGGGGAAAUCAAGGCUAAAGUGGCGAUAGCAGAACAAACAGAAAAAGACAUUGACGUCACUCGUUCCCAGUACAUCCCGGUAGCAAUCAGAACAGGGAUCCUCUUUUUCUGUACCAAUGAUUUGGCCAAUAUCGAUCCUAUGUAUCAGUAUUCGCUGGAGUGGUUCGUUCGUAUCUUCUUAAACAGCAUAGCCAAUGCUGAAACAUCUGAUUCUGUGGAGAAGCGUAUCGAGAAUAUCAACGACUUUUUCACGUUCAGCCUGUACUCCAACGUGUGUCGCUCUCUCUUCGAGAAACACAAACUCCUGUUCUCGUUCCUGGUGUGUGUGCGGAUCUUGAUGAAUGAUGAUAAAAUCAACAUGGACGAAUGGCGAUUCCUAUUGGCUGGUGGUACGUUAGCUCCCAAGGAACUUCCCAACCCUGCACCUGAUUGGCUAUCAGACCGUGCCUGGGGAGACGUGCUGAAAAUACAAUCCUUGCCCAAGUUUGCAGUAUUUGCUGAUACAUUCUCUGAGCACAUUGAAGGUUUUCAGAAGAUCUUUGAUAGCAGUGAUCCCCACAGAGAGCCUUUACCAGAGCCAUGGAAUACAGAUUUAGACUCGUUCCAAAAGAUGCUAGUCUUAAAGUGUUUGCGGGCCGAUAAGGUGACCAACGCUAUGCAAGACUUUGUAUCUUCUCAUCUUGGACAACGCUUUAUCGAGCCUCAGACAGCAGAGCUUUCAUCGGUAUUCAAAGACUCCUCGCCUACAACACCUUUGAUCUUCGUCCUGUCCACUGGUACUGACCCAGCAGCUGAUUUGUACAAGUUUGCUGAUGAAAUGAGAUUCUCAAAGAAACUUACCGCCAUCUCUCUGGGCCAGGGACAGGGUCCUCGUGCCGAGGCUUUGAUGAGGUCUGCUAUGGAGCGAGGUAAAUGGGUGUUCUUUCAAAACUGUCAUUUAGCACCAAGCUGGAUGCCAAAUUUGGAACGUCUGAUUGAGAAUAUCGACAGUGAUAAGGUUCAUCGGGAUUUCCGUCUUUGGGUAACCAGUAUGCCCAGUCCAAAGUUUCCUGUAUCAAUCCUGCAAAAUGGUUCAAAGAUGACAGUCGAACCUCCUCGCGGGAUCAAGGCCAACUUGCUCAGGUCUUUCGUUGGCUUCAAUGAUGACUUCUUCAACUCCUGCAAAAAGAGCGAGUUCAAAUACCUGUUAUUCUCACUCUGCUUGUUCCAUGGUGUUACCCUGGAAAGAAGGAAGUUUGGUCCAUUAGGUUUCAAUAUCCCAUAUGAGUUCACUACAGGAGACUUAAGGAUCUGUAUCAGUCAAUUGCUUAUGUUCUUGGACGAAUAUGAAGGAUUCCCAUUUAAGGUGCUGACGUAUACUGCGGGGCAUAUUAACUAUGGUGGGCGUGUGACAGACGACUGGGAUCGUCGAUGCAUCAUGACCAUACUCCAUGAUUUCUACUCUAAUAAAGUACUGGAUGAAAACCAUAAAUAUUCACCAUCUGGCAUAUACCAUGGAUUACCCCUAGCGACAGAUCUUGAGGGUUACAUUCACUAUAUCCGCAGCCUACCUAUUAAUGACACCCCUGAAAUAUUCGGUCUCCAUGACAACGCUAACAUCACCUUCGCACAGAAUGAGACAGAUAAUCUUCUUCAUGGGAUCUUGAAGAUGCAGCCAAGAUCUUCAACUGGGGCUGGGCGAUCCAGGGAAGAGGUAAUGGAAGAAUCAGGCCGCGGGAUUCUCGAACAAGUCCCUCAACCAAUGCCUUUAGGUCCAAUAAUGGAAAAGUACCCAGUGAUGUACGAAGAGUCAAUGAACACGGUGUUAGUACAAGAGGUCAUUCGAUAUAACAAGCUGUUGACUGCAGUGAGACAAACUCUGAAUGAUCUCCUCAAGGCUCUUAAAGGAUUAGUGGUCAUGUCCCAGGCACUGGAAACGAUGGCCAAUAGUCUGUUCAACAACAGUGUUCCAGAGAUGUGGGCUAGUAAGGCGUACCCUUCCUUGAAACCUCUAGCCUCUUGGGUCCAAGACCUCGUGGCUCGUAUUCACUUCAUUCAAGGAUGGAUCGACAAAGGAAUCCCACCUGUGUUCUGGAUCUCAGGAUUCUUUUUUCCACAAGGUUUCUUGACAGGCACUCUUCAGAACUACGCACGAGCGUAUUCGAUAUCCAUUGAUAUUAUAUCAUUUGACUUUGAGGUAAUAAAACAAACAGAAGCCGAUAUAAAAACCCGUCCCAAAGAUGGAUGCUAUAUUCGUGGUCUGUUCCUCGAAGGCGCACGAUGGGACAGCGACAAGCACGCACUAGCCGAGUCCCGUCCGAAAGAGCUGUUCACAGACAUGCCGAUCAUCUGGCUUAAACCCAUUGCUAACCGAGAGAAACCCGAAACUGGUAUCUAUGUCUGUCCUGUAUACAAGACGCUCACUAGAGCAGGUACCCUUUCUACUACCGGUCACUCUACAAACUUUGUACUGUCUGUCGAAAUCCCCAGUGCUGAGUCUCAAGAUCACUGGAUCAAGCAGGGCGUGGCACUUAUGUGUGCAUUAAACUACUAAACAUGCGGCCAACAUGUGUGCGUGUGCGUGUGCGUGUGGUUUUUGUACACGAUUCUAAAUCGUACCCUUCGUUUUAUUUAUACAUAUUCGGCCUUUGUCUUUGCCUUUUUUGUGGCAAUGAGGUUCAAGUUCGCUGGUAUAACCAAGCCGUCAUCUUGGCUCCGAGAACCUUGAUUCAACGAACAUAUUGCCGCACGCCCAUUAGGGAUCAUGUUUAACUACACGUUUUAUUACCAACCCAUGUCAAUAACUUCAAAACACUCUUACAAAAAUAACCUCAUUUAUCAUUCGUUUCAAAUAUUGUACAUAGUUAUUUUUUUAGUACAAAUAAAGCUGAUUAUAAUAAAGCUUAUCUCUCGCAUAAAACUUU